AUGGUCGAGGCAUGGACAAGCAUGGCGGCUAAUGGACAGCCAGCUAACAGCAGCCAGUGGCCAGCUUGGACGCCCAGUAAAAGCGAGGGCAUUACAAUCAACGAUGUGGUAGAUGUCGGACCGCUGGACUAUAAGAAGUGCGAGUUUUGGGACCAAAUCCUCGAGGCCGUGCUUGCACUGGAUGCCAAUGGCACCACCACAAAUGUAUCUACAAGUGCGAGCUCUACGGCGACAUCUCCAACUUCUUCACCAACGUCGGGCAGUAACAGCUUCUGGGCUCCUGGGGGAACUAUUGCCUCCUUGUCUCUCCUUCUUGUGACCAUCUUGGUUAAUUGA